AGAAGAGCCUACUUCUCGUCGACGAGCAUAGCUAGAGCAUGGCCGACCUCAGGCAACGCAAGGCCAAGCUAGACCCCAGCCAGGCCCAGCUUCAGCAAGAGGCAGCAGCUGUCCUCGAGAAAGUGGCAGGCAAGCUUCAAUCAACAGCCCCUAGUCAGACAUGGACGCAGCAGGAUACCCUCACCUACCUUAUCCUCCCCGGCAUAUUCGCCGCGCUCGCCCUCUUCACGCGUCUUUGGCGCAUCGGACGCUCAGAGAUUGUCACCUGGGACGAGGCACACUUCGGCAAGUUCGCAUCCCACUACCUCAAGCGGGAAUUCUACUUUGAUGUGCAUCCACCGCUCGGCAAGAUGCUCAAUGGCCUUGCAGGCUACAUCGCAGGCUACGACGGCUCAUUCGAAUUCAAGUCUGGUGAAAAGUACCCCGAGGGCCUUAACUUUGUCUUUAUGCGCGUCUGGAACGCAAUGUUUGGUGCAGCAUGUAUUCCCCUCGCCUACUUCACCGCUCUUGACUUGGGCUUGUCUUUACAAGCAACAUGUCUUGUGACAUUGAUGGUCCUCUUUGACAACACCUACGCCACCAUCUCCCGCUUCAUCCUGCUCGACAGCAUGCUCCUCUUCUUCACCUUCACAACCAUGUUUUGCCUGGUCAAGUUCCACACCUAUAGGAAUCGCGAGUUUUCAUACCGCUGGUUCAAGUGGCUCACCCUCAUGGGUGUCUCGAUUGGUUGUGUGUGCAGCAUUAAGUGGGUUGGCAUGUUUGGCACAGCGCUCUGUGGCCUCUACACCAUGCAUGACCUCUGGGACAAGCUUGGUGACUUGCGCAUGUCGAAAGUCACCUAUGCAAAACACUGGGCGGCUCGCAUUACCUCAUUGAUUGUGGUGCCUGUUGCUGUGUAUGCAUUCAUGUUUUACAUUCACUUCCAGGUCCUCGAAAAUAGCGGGCCGGGCGAUGCUCAGAUGCCGUCGUUGUUUCAGGCAAACUUGCGUGGCACAGACUUGCUCUCAUCGCCCUUGGAGCUGGCUAUCGGCUCGCGUGCCACCAUCAAGAAUAUGGGCUACGGUGGUGGUCUCCUCCACUCGCAUGUCCAGACCUUCCCAGAAGGCUCACAGCAGCAGCAGGUGACGUGUUAUCACCACAAGGAUGCCAACAACGAUUGGUUCUUCUACCCGGCUCGUGAGGAACCGGAGUACAACCCAGAUGACACGACUGCCCCAUUGCGCUUCUUAAAGGACACAUCGAUCGUGCGACUCGUUCAUGCUCAAACAGGACGCAACUUGCACAGUCACUCGAUUGCUGCACCUGUUACAAAGGGCGACAAUGAAGUGUCUUGUUAUGGUAACUUGACGGUUGGUGAUGACAAGGAUCAUUGGCGCAUGGAAGUCGUCUCAGAUAUCCGUUCUCGCGACCGAAGCCGUGUGCGUACACUCACGAGUGCUGUACGAUUCAAGCAUGUCUCUGGAAACUGUUAUCUCCGUGCGGCCAACGUCAAUCUCCCACAAUGGGGUUUCAAACAAAUUGAAGUAACGUGUGAUAAGAAAUCAAAGCCCUCGGAUGUCUUUUCCCACUGGAACAUUGAGAGUCAUUGGAAUGAUCGUUUGCCGCCAGCGUCCGCCGCUGAUUUCAAGUCACCCUUCUGGCGCGAUUUUGUUCACUUGAAUGUGGCCAUGAUGACGAGUAACAAUGCACUGGUGCCGGACCCGGACAAGGCAGAUGAACUGGCCAGUCAAGCGUGGCAGUGGCCGAUUGCUUGGGUGGGUUUGCGUAUGUGUGGUUGGGAUGAUGGUACCGUCAAGUACUUCUUGCUCGGUAAUCCUGCUGUGUACUGGUGGUCCACUGCGAGUUUGGUCAUCUUGGGUGUGUUGGUGACUUACCAUGUCCUCCGCUGGCAACGGUCGAGCCCAGCACUCACAGCACGGGAAGUGGACAAAUUGAUCUAUGCGGGCAUCUACCCUGCCAUUGGUUGGUUCCUCCACUACAUUCCCUUCUUCAUCAUGGGUCGUGUGCUGUAUGUGCACCACUACUUCCCAGCCCUGUGGUUCGCCAUUCUCGUGACAGGCUACUUGUUUGAUCACUUCACCGCUCGCUUGCCAAAAGGUCAACGACAGAUCAUCUUUUGGACGGCAUAUGCCAUCAUCACAGGUCUCUUUGUUCUAUUUGCUCCCUUCACCUUCGGUAUGGUUGGGAAUGCCUAUAAGUACAGACACCUGCAAUGGUUCAAGUCUUGGCGCGUGCACAAUGGCGAGCCGGCGACCUUUUUGGGAGAAGUGGCGAGUACGGCACAGGCGUUGCAGGAGGGUGCCCAGGCAGUGGUGGAGAGUGUGUCUGAGGGUCUUGUUGGUGCAUGAGUCUCUCCUGACUAGAAUCUCCUGAGUCUCCGUGCUCUUCCCCUUAAUUCACUUCUGGUACAAAAUAGAUUGCUGACAUAAUCCCCUGCACGUGCCUGCUCCACUCAGAAACUCAAUUUCAACCAGCAUCCAGCAG